GACCACACUGCAUUGAGUUUCUUUAAUGAAAGCCAGGAAAGAACACAUUACACAGUGUUUCUUCUGAGAGCCAGCUAGCCUCCAGUGAUUGAAAUCAAUAAAAACAGUCGGCAAGGGGCCCAGUGGGGGAAGAGAGAAAUCUCCACUACAGCAUUCAGUUUGCUUUCCACUUUCUCCCUCCCCCACUAAAGUUAAACUCUGAAGAUCACCAUGACAAGCUACUUCGCUUCCAGCCCGCGGAAGACGCUGGUGGGGAUUUAAAGGAAGCGAGCGCUUUCCUUCGCCUUCUUGCCUUCGCUCUGCCCCCAGCAUGAAGGAAACGAAAGGCUUGUUUGGAAUUUGAAUCCUGCCUGGGAAAACUUCCAUCGGACAAGUGCAUCGUGCUGCCUUUCAGGAAAGGGAUGGAUUUUACGGUCAGAGAAGGCUAAAAAGGUGAGCGGGGAAAGAAAAGCAGGAAUCUGAUUCACCCAGAGCCCACGUCCAGACUAGGAUGUCCGUCGCAGCAGAGGGGACCUCUGGAGCUGCGGGAAGGACUGUGAGCAAGCGCCUGAGAUCAGCACGAUCCACAUCAUAAAGCGGCUGGAACAUCAGGGGACACGUGAUCAACACGCCGACGACCCAGUGGCUCAAUCUCAGACUGACAUUCUCCUGGGCUGCACCUCAUAAAAGCUGGUAACCAGCAGAGACUACAAAAGCUAAAAUCACUAUGUGGAGCUGUGAAACCAUAAACAACAGUACGGAGAACAGCGAGGACCAGCAUCUCUGCCAUGACUUCCACCUUGUGCUUUCCAUCUUUUCCCUACUCUACCUCAUCAUAUGUUUUCCAGUUGGCCUGUGCUACAAUGGCUUGCUGGUCCUAGUUAAUCUCUAUAACAAAGCUACUAUGACUAUGCCAGAUGUUUACUUUGUCAACAUCGCCAUUGCUGGUCUGAUCAUCAAUGCGCUGGCGCCCAUGUACCUUCUCGGUCUGGCCAAUACAAAAUGGGCCAUCUGGAAUUCCAACAAUGAAGUUUAUAUUACCUUACUUAUUUUAUUCAACGUCUCAUCUUUAGUUACCAUGUACUCUACUACGUUACUUAGUCUGGACUACUACAUUGAGCGUGCUCUACCUAGAACUUACAUGUCCAGUGUGUACAACACCAAACAUGUUUGUGGAUUCAUAUGGGGUGGUGCCAUGCUAACAAGUUUUUCAUCUCUCCUGUUCUAUGUCUGCAAUCACGUAUCCACGAAAAUAAUUGAAUGUUCCAAGAUGCAGAACAAAGAAGCAGCAGAUGCCAUUAUGGUUUUUAUCGGGUAUGUUGUACCAGCUAUCGCUGUACUGUAUGCACUUAUAUUAAUCUUGCGAAUACGCAAAGAAGCUACACCACUGGAUCAAGACACUGGACGAUUAGAUCCAUCGGUGCACAGGCUUUUGAUUGCCACAGUCUGUACACAGUUCACAUUAUGGACACCCUACUAUAUUACCCUCUUGGUAAGCACAUUUACUAAGGCACAAGGAAGAAUUGCAGAUGAAAAUUACAGUCGAAUAUUGCAUUUUACCAAGAUUUUAUCAAAAUUCUUGGCGUUCUCAAGCAGCUUUGUAAUGCCCCUGCUCUACAGAUAUAUUAACAAAAACUUUCCCAACAAAUUACGACGUUUGCUUAAAAAGAUAAACUGUGGGAAUCAAGGGUGUUCUCAUGAACGCACAGUAGUACAGCAAGUUAUGACAUAGGUAUGAAAAACCCCUCUGGUGCUCUGUUACUGCAAUAUUUAGCAUACCAGAACUGGGACUGCCAUCGUGCUGUGUUAAGCACUCAGAGUCAUGAAUGUCAGAGUCCCAACCAAGAGGCUAGAACGAGCUUUCCAUUUCAGUUAAAUGAAACAGUCUUAAUUUUCAAAUAGUUAAUUGUUUGCUGAAAUCUUUUGGGACUCUGGCCUGUGUGCUCCAAGACCUGUGACAUCUGAUACUUUCAAUGCACUGAAUGGGUUACAAAGCAUAAACUGUCUUCAUCGCUCUAAUAUUGCUGUCUGGAGAAAUCACUAAGCAGUUUAUCGAAGUUUUGGAUGAAGACACAGCACCUUGUAUCUUGAAUAGACAAAGGUAUUACCUUAUUUUCUCUACGAAGAAGUGCUAUCCUCGAUGAAGUAAAUAGCGUUUUUCAAUGAAGACAAUAUAGAUGAUCUUUACUAAAGAUCAUAUUAUCCAGUUACACAUGUCCAAGUAGUAAAUGUUGAUUAUAAAUUAAAUUAUUUAAUUUCUUUCUCCAUCACUGAAUCCCCUCUAAAAGCCUAAUUUACCAUUUUCAGUAAUUGUUUUCUCGCACAAACUAACCUAAGUUUUAAUGUUUAUGAUAAAUUGAUCUUUUUCUAGAUGUAACAAUUAACAAAAAUGUGUUUUAUUUUUCCAGUGCCUUAUUUGCAUCCUAAAACAUUUCAAGAAUCAGAAAUAUUUAUUAACUAAUUCUAAGGGAACUGAGAGAUGUUUGUUCUGAGUAUUAAAUGAAGGACACAAAUUUAAUUAGUAGAGAACGUCUGGCUAAGUGUUAUGGUCCACAUAUGUUCAUGUAACAAGAGUAAUUAUCUUAAAAAUAAAUAUGUUUGUGAUUAACAUUUUGUAUUUCAAGGGAUAUGUUUGCAACAAAUAAAUUAAAAUCUCUUUAAUCUAGGGCAUCACUAUAGGUUUGGAAACCAUACAAAAUCCUUGAAUACAGAUAAGAUUUUAAAGUGGAUAUAAAAUAUAGGAAUCCUAGUCAGCACCAGCUUUGUGCUGACCUCUCAGAAAUGGAGUGCCUCCCAAUGUGAUUCUUGAAUACACAAUUUAUGUAUAGUUUCUGUGGAUGAAGAAGUCCAAUCCAGAUUGCCAAAUUUUACUGAGUAGAUGAAAUACAUAAGAAACACAAACAUGCUGUAAGAAGCAAGUAAACAGUUACGCACAACAGCAAACUAUGAAAUGUUGACUGAGGAACUACCUGCUGCUAUGUAGCUGUUGCAUUAUUAAUGAUAGAUGUCAGGGAAGAAGGUGAACUGAUUCUCCUACUGGCUUUGGGACAGCGAAAUAUCUUUAUCACCCGCCCUAC